AUGUCACACCCUUCGAGGCCCAACCUGACUUCGUGUCAUUCCGCCGACACGCUCUACUCCGCUUCAACACUGUGUGUUGGGUCAGUAAACGACGAUCAUCGUCGUGAUGGGGAAGAUCGAUAUUGCUCAAAAGACUGCACCGUACAAGAGGAUUGUAGCAUCGCGCCUACUCACGAGAAGAAAGCGAAUGGAUAUCAUUCCACAGAAUGUAACUUACAAGAGGCAAUUCAACCGGACCCUGUCCCUGACGGUGGGCUCAGAGCCUGGCUCGUUAUCGUCGGAAUUUUUUGUCUCGCCUUCACUGCAUUCGGCUGCAUGAGUACAUGGGGUGUCUUUCAAGCCUACUAUGAAGAGACGUUACUUAAAGGUUCGUCCUCCGCAAAGAUUGCAUGGAUAGGUUCUGUUCAGUAUGCCCUAGUUUUCACUCCAAGCAUGGUAGUCGGUCGACUGUUCGACAAGGGGUAUUACCAUUCGAUCUUGAUAUCUUCUAGUGCGGUACUUGUGCUAGCUACUAUGCUGUUGGCCGAAUGCACACUCUACUGGCACUUUUUGUUCUGCCAAGGAUUCGUGAUCGGGCUUUCAUGCGGCGUCAUCACUGCGCCAUCACCUGCCAUAGUCUCUCAAUGGUUCAAGGACCGGAGAGCUUUGGCGCUUGGUAUCACUGCCUGUGGGUCGUCAUUAGGUGGCACACUCUUUCCCAUUGUGAUUCGCGCGUUGCUUCCUCGCGUUGGAUUCCGAUGGACUAUGCGCGUGUUGGGAUUCAUCAUACUCACCUCUUUGACUGUUGCUGUCCUGACAGUGAGGAGAAGGAUUCCGCCCUCCCACCCAAGUGGUCCACUCUUAGGGCUAAAACCUCUCAAGACACCCGCCUUUGUGAUCUGGUGUGUUGCGACCUUGUUCGUAUACCUCGGUAAUUAUACUUUUUUGGCUUAUGUUGCUUCGACGGCCGUUUCCAAGGGCUUCUCUCGAGACUUUUCUUUUACUCUCGUUGCGAUAGUCAACGGUAGCUCUGGGCUCGGACGUGUUUCGGCUGGAAUAAUCGCUGACUAUAUUGGAUCCAUGAACCAUAUGAUACCUGCGACUGCCAUCACCGCAGCAACCGUCUUAGCGUGGCCUGCUGCUAGGACACAGUCCAGCUUAGUGGCAACAAGUGCUUUGUAUGGCUUAUCCGCCGGAUCCUACGGUGCUCUAUUAUGGCAUCCGAUCCUAGACUUGGGAGAUCCGGAAGAAAUGAGCCGUCGAAUAGCUAUAUUGAUGUUGUCUUUAGCUUGCGCUGGGUUAGUCGGACCUCCGAUGUCAGGAGAAGUGAAUUCCGCUGCCGGCAUGCAGGCCAUGGGAUUUUUCGCAGGUGGCUGCAUGUUGACCGGAGUGCUGAUCGCAUGUUUUGGGAGGUAUUUGUUACUCAAAAAGACAUGGGGGAAGAUAUGA